GCCGGGCAUGGACGGGCUGGGCCUCGCCGCGGCGCCCGGCGGAGGGGCGGACGAUGGAGCACAGCAUGAGGCAGGCGAGCCCCGCUCGCUCCCGCCCCCCGAGAAGGGCACGAACCACCCGGCACAGCCGCCGUGCGGGACACCACCGGCCAGCCCGCAGCCCACCCCCACGGGCCUGCCCACCCUCCUGGCCUACAGACCCGAGUCAUCACAGGCAAACGUGCACCACGAGGCAGAGGAGGAUGCUGAACCAACGUGCGAGUACUGCGGCAGCCUGCUGAGGCCGUUCCCCUUCCCCGAGGACGGGGCUCUCCCCGAGGACCAGGCAGGCAGGUUCUGCUGCCAGGGCAGCCGAGAGCUCUAUGAGUUCAUCUUGAAGGAGAGGAAGAGGCUCGAGGAUGCCAGCAGCCUUCCCAGAGCUGUCAGCACCCAGGAAUCCCCCGGCUCUGAAGCCAACAUGCUGCUGUCAAAGGAGCAAAGUGGGAGGCAGCAGAAGAGACACCUGGCUAGAGAGUUGGCUGACCAGUCUUUAAGGCAGAGUGCCACUAAAGAGUCACAGCAAGCUGGACCCCUUUCCUACGAGCCUUCCCAGGAACUCCCAUCUCCCAAAGCCGGGUCACCAGUGCCUGUUGCAAGUGCAGCCGAGCCCGAGUACCUUUCUGAGCCCGAGCUCCGGCCCAAGGAGAAGCCCACGCCCGAGUCCUGGCCCGAGGAGCAGCCUGAACUGGAACCCCAGCCCAAGGAGGAGCCCGAGCUGGAGCCCCGGCCCGAGGAGCCCGAGCCGGAGCUUCAGCCCGAGGAAGAGCCCGAGCUGGAGAAGGAGCCUGGGUCUGAGCCCGAGUCCCAGCCUGAAGAGGAGCCCCAGCCUGAGAAAAAGCUCAAGCGGGACAAGAAACCCAUGUCCCGCAGCGUCCUCGGCUACGACUUCAGUCUUCUGGGGAAAAAGGUGGGGAAGGGUAAAUUGGUGCAGAAGUACUACAAAAAUGGAAAGAAAUUCCUUACCAUGCUCCCAGACGGAACCUUGCAGUUAUUCUAUCCAUCUGGAAACCUGGCCAUCAUCAUUACACAAGCCAGAGACCAGCUGAUGUGCAUAGUACAGGAGGACGAGCGGAGGACACUCAAAAUCCGAGCACUGUUUCAGUCUGAUGGCAGGAGCACGUGCUAUUACCCGACUGGAGAUGAGUGGAUAAAUAUGAGUAUCCAGGGUGGGCAGUAUUUGGACCAAGCAGGCAACAGGGUGAGAAGGUGGAUGUGGCCGAACUUGUCACCAGGACCCCAGGUGCCACUGAGCCCCAUUUUCAUCUCCCUGAACCGCCACGUGGGGGUCAGGAUCCUGGCCCAGGACAAGAUCUUCAUCUCCUUCCUUGCCAUGGGGCGACAAGCAAAACUCAACAUGGGAACCAAAGUGCAGGUCAGCACCAGCAGCCAGCUGCCUCCUCCAGCCCCGCUGGGUGAGGAUGAGCUCCUGCUGCUUGCCUUCCGCGUGAGGAUCCUGCAGCUCUUCGAAAGGAUGCGGGGAUGCCUCAACUUCCCUUCCAAUGAGCAGUGGAACAAAAUGCAGCCUCCCAUGUACCUCAUCACCCAGGCUCUGAAGAUCCUGGAGCUCUGCAUGGCUGCUGACAUAAGUGACGAGCUGCGCAGCUCCAUCAAGGCAAUAGUAAACGCCCAGGAACUCUAACCAGUGUGUGUGUGGUGUAAGGUAAAAUGAGCCAGACAGUCCCUGAUGCUGUGGCACCUGCAAGUGCUCAGCAAGGUUUCUCCUCCGGCCCUGCCUGCCCCGGUGCAGAGGAAAGGGCAGUCCAGGGCUGAUCCGCACAGCCCCAGAUGGGAUCAGGGCAGGCGCUACC